AUGGAAGGGUCAGGAGACGGAAACCUCAAUAAGCAAGAGGAACCCCUUCUCCAUCAGUUGGCUGCUACAUUUCUGGGGCAAGCUCAGGCUAACCCUAAAGAAUCAUUCAGCUUGCCUGAGACUGUGGCUGUCAGCACCGCGGCGUCUUUCUUCCUCAAGGGGCCACCUUGCAGUCGCGGCCCUCUGGGUACCGGCAAACACAUCAAGUCAGCCCGCAAAGUUCAGAGGAGUUGGCUCUGCGCGCUCCGACAUCCCCGGGACAGUCGCCCACCUACCUGCUCAGCCGCCUCCUCCCUCCGCCGCGCGCCGCUGUCGCCUUGCUACUUUAUUGUCUGCGCUGCGCUCCGCGCGGGACCCGACGAACCCGCUCCACGCCAGUCCCGCAACUCCGCGGCGCACGGCGCCUUACCCCGCGGCGGCUGUCUUCCUCUCGGUCCUUCUCCUCUCCGCCCAGGCUUGGGCUCAGCGUCGGAGCUACGCAGCGCAACUCCGCGGCGGCUAGCCGAGCGGCCAGAGCCCGCAGCAUCCCCCGGCCCGGCGUCCACACCAGGAUCCCUACAGUCGGUGGAUGAGCCCGGAGCUACCUUCCGAGUGUCCGCGCGUCCCUCGGUCCAGCCUCUGGCCGCUGUCAGCCCGGUCUCUCCACCUCUUUCUCUCUCUGUGCUGCCCCCGCCCGUCGCCUCUCCGGGGGCCGGGGCGGCCCUGCCAAUGAGGCUCGGCGGAUGCGCUGUUCCGGCCCAGUCAUUGUAUCAGGAGGAGGAGGGGGAGCGGAGCAGGGAGGGGGCGCUCGGCCCCGCGGUUGCAGCUCGCCUGGCCGCCUGCGCGCGCACAGGCAAUGGGCACCCAGCUCAAGCAGGUCGUAAACCGCCACCCGGUCGCCCCCAGCCUGACUCCGGCUGUCGCCACUGCUGGGGGGAGGAGGGUCAUGAUCCAAAGGAACCAGAACAGUUGAGGAAACUGUUUAUUGGUGGUCUGAGCUUUGAAACCACAGAUGGUAGCUUAAGAGAACAUUUUGAGAAAUGGGGCACACUUACAGACUGUGUGGUAAUGAGAGAUCCCCAAACAAAACGUUCCGGGGGCUUUGGUUUUGUGACCUACUCUUGUGUUGAAGAGGUGGAUGCUGCAAUGUGUGCUUGGCCACAUAAAGUUGAUGGGCGUGUGGUGGAGCCAAAGAUAGCCGUUUCUAGAGGGGAUUCUGUAAAGCCUGGUGCCCAUUCAACAGUGAAGAAAAUCUUUGUUGGUGGUAUUAAAGAGGAUACAGAAGAGUAUACCCUGAGAGACUACUUUGAAAAGUAUGGCAAGAUUGAAACCAUAGAAGUUAUGGAAGGCAGGCAGAGUGGGAAAAAGAGAGGAUUUGCUUUUGUGACUUUUGAUGACCAUGACACAGUUGAUAAAAUUGUUGUUCAGAAAUACCACACUAUUAAUGGGCAUAAUUGUAAAGUGAAAAAGGCCCUUUCUAAACGAGAGAUGCAGUCUGCUGGAUCACAGAGAGGCCGUGCAGGUGGAUCUGGCAAUUUUAUGGGUCACGGAGGGAACUUUGAAGGUGGUGGAGGUAAUUUUGUUCGUGGUGGAAACUUUGGUGGAAGAGGAGGUUAUGGUGGUGGAGGUGGUGGCAGCAGAGGUAGUUAUGAUGGUGGAUAUAAUGGAUUUGGAGGUGAUGGUGGCACCUAUGGUGGUGGUCCUGGUUACAGCAGUAGAGAAGGCUAUGGUGGUGGUGGACCAGGCUAUGGAAACCAAGGAGGCGGAUAUGGUGGUGGUGGAGGAGGAGGAUAUGACGGUUACAAUGAAGGAGGAAAUGUUGCUGGAGGUAACUAUGGUGGUGGGAACUUUAAUGACUUUGGAAAUUAUAGUGGAAAACAGCAAUCAAAUUAUGGACGCAUGAAAGGGGGCAGUUUUGGUGGAAGAAGCUCAGGCAGUCCCCAUGGUGGUGGCUAUGGAUCAGGUGGUGGAAGUGGUGGCUAUGGUAGCAGAAGAGACAGUAGUGUCUUCACCCACAAGAAGUUCACGUGGCAUUCCUGGAAGAGGGAGAUCUGCGAGCACCUAGCUAUCACUCAAGAUGUCUUUGAAUCAGCCACCGCAAUUAGGCUACGAAAGACUUUCACAGUGUGUGAGAAAGUGUGA